CGAGCAUAAUAGCGCGCGCCUGUCUUUCACCCUCUUGUCCCCCGCUUGAUGUCUAGUUGUGCUCUUUCGCCAGUAAUGAAGUCAAUCCGUGUUUGAGAUCCCCUACAAGAGCCUUGUCGCCGCGUGGACAUGCCUCUGAUCAUGGACGACGACCAAUACAUGGAAGAUCUCUUCAACGAGUCAGGCCCCAUACCCAUCUCCGUCGCCCCUUCGCCCUUGAGAGGCCUCUCGCAGCGUCUGAAUGAGCUGCAGGAGAGCGGAUGUUGUCAGUCUAUCUCUUGGUCCAGGAGUGGCUGCAUAGCAUCAAUUACCCGCGAUGGCCAUGGCGUAAACCUCCGCGCAUUUCAGCGGAAUCCCUCUGACGGGAAGUGGGCUUUGGGGGACGAAGUUCCCCUCCCAAUCCAUACCGUCCAUGACGAGUUUCCUAUCGUCCACGUGUCCUGGGGCCACCUGGGUGUUGACUUGGCUGUCAUAGACGCAGCUGGUAGAAUACUAAUCUUCACUGCUGAGCCAGCAUUGGACAGAAUGCGGCUGUCUAGAGACAACUUUACCGACCAGGAGACCGAAACGGGGGCUAUUGUCGGCUUACACUGGCUGCCCGUCUAUCCACAGCAACACAGAUAUCAUAUGCUGUGGUCGGCUGACCGUGAUGAAGGCAAGUGGCAGUAUCGUAUGACGAGCCACCAAUGGAAAGAGCCCCAUAAUCCUAUUGAAGGUGGCAGCAAAGCAGCAUUCUUGUGCUUAACUCGCGGUGGAACGAUUCGUCUUCUUUUUCAAGCUGAAGGAAAUCAUUGGCUCGACGCGACUGCAGAACUAGAGGCCUCAAACUCAGCUAAAGAUGCUUUUACUCAUGCCUCGUUCGCAUCCGACCAAGAAAACUCACUGCUUCUUGUUGCCCACAGUGAAUCGGGCACAUUGCACGUAUUUCGAGUAAAGAUCAAUUGGAAUAUACCCCCUAACCGACAGCGCAUUGAUCCACCACCAACACCAAUCCUUGAGGUGACAGCCUUAAAGUCUGAAGAAAAUUGCUUGCCAUUGAGCACCGGUUUCGAUGCGGGCGGUGGCUCCCUCGAACCCAACCAUAGACUUUCUCAACCUGCGCAGCUCACACAUCUCAUGUUUGUUCCUACUGGCCCUGAACCAGGUCCGCAUACUGGAAUUUCUCAUCCAACGGUCAUGGCAGUCUUUUGUCACACGCCAGCUGCUGCAACGUCCCUGAUGGAUCAAGCGCAACAAUCACAGCAGCCGUUCAGUAUAUUAGCAAGAUGGGAACUCAGAGAGACUAGAAAUAGUCUUCACCCGGCCUUUGAGCAGCUUACGGCCAAGAAGCGAUCGUCAAACACGGGUGGGCAGCGCCAAAGUCUGGAGUUCCAGCGCCAACCCGAUAUUGUCAUGAACUCAGUAACGCUUGGUAUAUGGUCCCUUGACUUCCAUACCAAGUUUGCUAUUUUCCAGAGUAAUGGCACAACGGAGUUUAGAGAUCGGUACACCAUGGAGAGGAUGGUGGCAGAUUUCAAUGAAGAGAAAGUGUCUUCCCUGAUCCAGGCUGGGUUCGAUUUCUCCAAACAUGAACCCGCUUUACACUUGGCUUUAUCACCUAGCGCCUGCAUUGCAGCAUUGGUACAACACGACGGCACGAUUACGCUGAAGAAUAUGGAAUAUGGUUUAGGCCCUCUUACCAGCAAGGAAAACGAUCCGAAAAUAUCCGCAGCUAUGUCAGCACUCGUCUUGCAAUACAGCUCGGCAUCCCUUCAGUACAGCAGUACGGACGAUCUGUUCGCGAUCAUGCCUCCAGACAUUGAUCUAGACUUGGCGCGUGCUUUCCUAAUUGGCACUCAUUACUCAACAAAUGUGACAGCCGAUUACACGGCGGAAGAACUCCCUCAAAAAACACUCCAACAAAUCUUCAGCAACAGCUUGCUGCGAGGAUCUUUGAGCGCACAAAACCUUAUCGGAACAGGCACAGACGGGAAGAGAAACCUCUCAGCAAAACUUGCUUGGAUAGCUCUUAAUCUACGACUCACUUCUUGGAACCUUGCCAUGGCCGUAAGGACGAAGCCAGAAGCUCUUUCCCAAGAAGCUGCAAAGGCUAUCACCGGUCCAGUCAAAUGGACAACCGAUGUUAUGGUCUAUAUACUCGAUGAGCUGAUCGAGUUGUCGAAGCGAUGUAAGGGGCACGAGGGUGACAGAGAGUUCAUCCAACAAAAGCUCCAAGAAAUGAAUUCUCCAGCCAUUUUUCUUCUCCUUUGCAGUUACCCACGGGCUCUUUUCCGUGUCUCACGCGGACCUUUACAAGCUUUGCUCAGUGCUAGCCAAAUGCAGGUGCGUUUCGCGCCGACAGUUUUGCAUCGAGCCACCUUCAAUGCACUGCUCGCCACUGUCAUCAACUCGCCUGUACAGCCGCCGCCGAUGGCAUUCAUGGUGCAAGAAACAGACCAGGCAGUGCGCAAAGUCUACGCAGCCACCCAACUUAGCAUUGAGCAGCGCAAAGCUAUCGAGCGCGAAAUGCUGAUCAAGGCCGAGAUCCCUGGUCUCCUGAUGCCAGUCGUGACGGGCUUGCUGACGACUGUCGUCGACAAAGUGCUCGACAUGGUGAACCCCGCGAACGUCAUGUUUCAUGAUUUGCGUUGGUUGUGCUUGCACGAGGAUGGCAGGUCGAUAAGGUGGGCGCAGGAGAACACAGUCGAUGUGCUCAGGAAAGCCGUCCUCUCCGAAAAGGAGGGCAAGCGUAGGCGCUGUACGAGAUGUGGGAACAUCAUGGAGGAUCUGGAUUCUUGGCUCGGAAUGCCGCAGAACAAGUGUGCUUGUGCGGGCGCAUGGAGCCAAAUGACGAGGAAGGUCUAAGAGAUGAAGGAAGUAGCGACCUCGUUGAUCGAGUAUUCUGAGAACCAAGUUCAUGAUACUUUGAGAUGGUAUACUACUACAAUUCUACUGACCAGUCACGGGAUGUAUCGAAAACAAAAUCAAUUGUAGCAGCAG